AUGCCGCGCUCCGACAUCAUGAGCAGCAAAGAACAUCCUCACAAUCACAAGAUGGGUUGGGGACGACACCAAACGAAAGUCUUCCGACGAAAGGAUGCUCACCCCGACACUAUUGACCACCCCGGAGCUGGCACUGGCGACGCGAUCCCGCAACAAGAGAACGAGAAGGGAGCAUAUCGCGCCAAUGGUAACGGCAACAAGCAGUCCAAGGAGCUGCCAAUGUACAACAGAGACGGCCACCGCGUCAACCAGAACGGCGACAAAGUAACAAAAGGCAUCCAGCCCGACGGCGAAAGUGGACGCAGCUGGUUCCAUCCCCUACACUUCUUCAAGAUCAUCUGGUGCUCCUCCUGCGAACUCAGCAAAUGGACGAACCUCCUCUGGCCCUUCACACUCGCUGCCUUGGCCCUCUACUUCCACUACCCGCAACACCAGCUAUGGAUCUUCAUCUGCGCCUACAUAGGAAUGGUGCCGUCGGCGAACUUGGUUGGGUUUGCGGGUCAAGAGCUUGCGCGAAAAUUACCGAAAGUCGCUGGUGUUAUGCUCGAGACGACUUUUGGAUCUAUCGUGGAGAUCAUCUUGUUUACUGUGCUGAUGGUCCAGGGUGGGAACACGAAUGUUACUGUUAUUCGUGCGGCUAUUCUAGGUUCCAUCUUGGCUAACCUGCUACUCUGUCUCGGACUGUGCUUCUUCGUCGGCGGCAUCUUCCAUCCUCAACAGACAUUCCACGAGGCCAUCUCCGAAGUGGGUUCUAACUUGAUGCUCGUCGCUGGGAUGGCGCUUGUGAUACCUACGAUCUAUUACAACACGCUUUACGGGCGAUUCGAUGGCGUGAACCCACCGAACAAUCUGGCCACUUUGGAGUCAGAGGCGCUGAGGAUCUCGCGUGCUACCGCAAUAAUAUUGGUGGUAGCAUUUGCAGUCUACGUCUUCUUCCAGGCCCGCAGCCAUCACGGCCUGUACGAAGACAUCCUCGAGGCCGACGAACAACGAGACCACGACCGACACAAGGACCUCCGCAAAGCAAAGCUCACGCUGACGGAGAGCAUCGUCGCACUCAUGCUGGCUUUGAUGUUUGUUAGUUUCAUGGCUGUCUUCCUUGUGAAGGAGAUUCACUUCAUGGUCAAUGAGCGGCACAUCUCGGAUGCGUUUGUGGGUCUUAUCCUCAUCCCGGUCGUCGAAAAGGCAGCUGAACACAUCACUGCUGUUGACGAAGCCUACGACAACCAGAUGAACUUCGCUCUCAGCCACGUCCUCGGUGCCAGCAUUCAGACCGCGCUGCUCAACACACCGAUCGUUGUCUUCGUCGGAUGGGGUCUCGGGUACGACAUGAGUCUCAACUUCGAGCUGUUCGAUGCUGUGGUACUGAUCCUGGCCAUCAUGGUGGUUGGCAACUUCCUUAGGGACGAGAAGAGUGACUACCUGGAGGGAGCGCUGUGCGUGUUCGUGUACAUCCUGAUAGCGGUCACGGCCUGGUAUUAUCCAAAUCCUCUGGAGGAGGGUGGCGUCAAAUUCACAACUCCGGCAGCGGGCGCAAAUGUUCAGCCGGCCACGAUUUCGGUGCAGUGGGAGGAUGAUGGGGACUCGCCAAGUUUGGAUGAUCUUUCGGGGUAUACGUUGCAGUUGAUGGUGGGAGGGAACUCGGACACGAAUUCGCAACCGCUUGUAGCCAUCGGGCCUUCGCAAGGCUCCUUUGCAUCUGGAAGUAAGGUCACUGGAACCGUUGCUGCAACUGUGGCUGGACCCACGAAGAACGGGUUCUACCUAAAGAUGAUUGCAACAGCGACAGAAGGCGGCACGAUAACGUACUACUCAAGCAGGUUUAAUAUGCCUGGUAUGACUGGUACCACUCCAGCGGAAUAUGCUACUGCGGCAGCAGCAGUCUCGGGCACCGACGGACCAGACACCGUCAACGCAGUCGCAAACAAUGCUGGGGCCGCAGCUCCAGCAGCAGGUGCUGCUGGCGGCGCCUACACAGUCCCAUAUGCCCUACAAUCCGGUCUCACGAAGUAUGCGCCGAUGCAGGGUGUACCACCGACGAAGAUCACGCUGAAGAACUUCUCGCCCAUGUACCCAACCAGUGCAUACACGAUCGCUACCACUUUCUUGCCCAAAGCAAGCAUCGUCACGACCAUGACUGAGAGUCAGACGUUCAAAGUCACUAGUAUUGAGAACACGGCUGCCGCUCAGUCCAUGCCGACUGGCGAUAUGGCGAAGUAUCUGGCACGAUGGAAGGACUAA